GCCAGCCGGCCAGUGGGAGAAAUACAAAACGGCCCAAACGACUCACUCAACGUUUCUUUGGCACUUGAAAAUUCCUGGGUCUCCUCCCUCUGGCCUCUGCUGCCUGUCUCCACCAUCACCGUCACGAUGCCAAGCCACCACCAUCACCACCACCACCGCUCCACUCCUUUGCUCUCCUCCUCCACAUCAGCCUCCUCCACCACCCAAUCCUUCCUUUCCAAGCUCCUCCUCCUCCUAACGAUCCUCCCUCUGUCUUUGGCUGCCUUAGGCUUCGUUCUCCAGUGGCGCGGAGGGGGUGUAUCCGAUCCCACCAUCGCCACAUCCUCCACCACUUCCCGAUGGGCACCACGUGGGUCCCACCACGAGAUCUUCCCUGGCAUGGAGACUUUCUCAUCUCUCUCCCCUAAAUCCCAUUCUUCUUCUGAUUGCAUCAAUCUCGGUCGUAGCUCUUCCCCUUCUUUCCCUUACUACGGGGACUGGAAAUUUGGUUUUGAAUCUAAUUUAAAACCAAGGAUUUGUAUUACAACAAGUACAUCAGCUGGCUUGGAGCAGAUUUUGCCAUGGAUGUUUUAUCAUAAGGUUAUUGGAGUUGCAACCUUUUUCCUCUUUGUGGAAGGGCAUGCUGCAUCUCCCAAAGUUUCUAGUGUUUUGGAAUCUAUUCCCGGAGUAAAAGUUAUAUACAGAACAAAAGAGCUUGAGGAGCAGCAGGCUAAAAGCCGGAUCUGGAAUGAAACAUGGCUUUCAAGUUUCUUUUACAAGCCUUGCAAUUAUGAGUUAUUUGUGAAGCAGUCUCUCAAUAUGGAAAUGGCCAUUGUCAUGGCAAGGGAUGCUGGAAUGGACUGGAUACUUCAUCUUGACACUGAUGAGUUAAUACAUCCAGCUGGUGCAAGAGAAUAUUCUUUGAGGCAGUUGUUGCUUGAUGUGCCUAGCAAUGUCGAUAUGGUCAUAUUUCCAAAUUAUGAGAGCAGUGUUGAACGAGAUGAUAUCAAGGAUCCUUUUAGCGAGGUAUCAAUGUUCAAGAAGAACUAUGACCAUCUUCCAAAGGACACAUAUUUUGGCAUGUAUAAAGAAUCAACUCGUAGUAAUCCAAACUAUUUCUUGACUUAUGGGAAUGGGAAAGCUGCUGCUCGUAUUCAGGAUCAUCUUCGUCCAAAUGGUGCUCACAGAUGGCACAAUUAUAUGAAAACUCCACAUGAAAUCAAAUUGGAGGAGGCUGCUGUUCUACACUACACAUAUGCCAAAUUUUCAGACCUAACAUCUAGACGUGAUCGGUGUGGCUGCAAACCUACCAAGGAAGACGUCAAAAGAUGCUUCAUGUUGGAAUUUGAUAGAGCUGCAUUUAUAAUUGCUUCAACUGCAACAGAGGAAGAGAUGCUUAACUGGUACCGUGAACAUGUUGUAUGGGGUGAAAAAGACCUAAGACUAAAACUCCUGAGAAAGGGGAUUUUAACUCGCAUAUAUGCUCCAAUGGCCAUAAUACAAGGUUUGAGGGAGUCUGGCGUCUUCACCUCUGUUAUUGAAACUGCCCCCACUACUCUUUCAAGGGACAUGUUUUUAGCAUCCAUUGAUAGUAGUAACUCAUCGAGAGCUGUUCCUUCUGUGUCUUUGGCUUCAAGAAAGAUUGGUAGAAGCAGAGAGCACCAAGCAUCUACCAGGAAGGUGCUGGAAAUUGAAGCUAGUGCAGCUCAUGAAGCAGCUGUUCCACCAUUGUCACCCCCAGUAUGGAACAUGACCACCUCCAUUGAUGGUGUGAAUGCUUUUACUUAAAGCAAUUUUCAUCUUGUGGUCUAUACUAACAGAGAGAUUUCUGCUAUACAACUUGAUGUUGAGGCAAGAAAUCUGGUAUUGUAACAUUUUUCUGUAGAUGCCACAGUAUUGACAUUCGAGGUUGUCAUUAUUAUUUCUUAGUCAUUUGUAGUGAAUGUAAAUUUCAAUUUUAUGUUUUUUUUAAAUGUUGUUACAAGAUUAAAGUAUUAACUAAAUAAUAGUUUACCUU